AUGUGCCGCCGCAUCGCGUAUGAGCAUAUCCCUUUUGACUGUUUAAUGUUACUAACCCUGCCCUCAGUGAAGGAACCCGCUGGACCCGCUGCGGCGUGCGUGCUCCUGCCAAGAUUUCUCUCUCCCUGCUUAUGCCAUCCACAGCACUUCCAGCGCCACCUCAUCGUUGCCAUCGUAGACUGCGAUCGCCGCGACUGCGAAAACUCCCAGCGCCACCGCCGGCCCUGUGCAAACCACACCCGAUGCAUCAAGAACUUUGGCGAGCAAAUAGAUCGGGACGUCGAUGCGGUCGAUGACUUCUGCUGGGUGUGCAAGGCCGCAGCGGACCGCCGCGCGCGCGGUCUCAAUUAUUAG